CCUAAUAACUCAAAUCAUCCUCAAAAUUCACUAUAAAAAAAUUGAUAAGUAGCGGAUGUCCUAUUAUUUUCCUUAAUUAGUGAACUACCUCGUUCUUGUUAAUUGAUUAUUUCUUUUCCUUUUUAACUCAAAUACUCUACUUUGUUAUUCAAAUACCCCAGUUUCAAUCUACCUGAGUCACCUACAAAUCUACUCCAUCCAUGUUCGACAACUCCAGACAGAUCAAACUUGUGCCCGCAAGGUGUCUGAAUUAAUGUGCAUGUGGCGCUGUGCAAACUGAAACUGCUAAAUCCCUUUCUUCUGCCGGUCACAACGCUGCUUCCACGUGUUGGGCUUAAUGGCUUCCACAUGAUGAGGUUGCUCUUGCAUGUACGAACAUGCAUGGAAGUAGAAACAGUACGUGUGUACGUUAAGAUGGGCGGGAGUUUGGGCCAUGUGCUCCCCACGUGGGUUGGAUCUCUCCUCUUCCGCUUUUAUGAGCCCAACAAUUGGACCUUAUUAUAUUUUCAUAGGAGCUGAGCUGAGCUGCCUCUGUGGAUUUAUUUUAUCCAAUUUCCUUUCCCAUUUCAGGCUUUAAAUUCCAGUUUUAGUGACAGAAAUCGACACUGCUGUUGCUCUAUUUAUAGCCUACACCAUCAGCCAAGCAUCCCGUACAAAGCCUCCUCAUUCAUCACUCUAUCACGGAAGGGAUUUUGCACAGUACAAGCAGAUGGCGAUGGCUAAGUUUGCCUCUCUCUUGCUGUUGGCCCUUCUUGCCAUUUACAUGCUUCAGCCUGUGGUUUUGGCAUCAAGGGUUGGCGGCCACCGGAGAAGGAACCGAUAUGGCCCCGGGAGUCUAAGGAGCUAUCAAUGCCCGUCUGAGUGCAAGAGGAGGUGCAGCCGGACGCAGCACAGGAAGCCGUGCAUGUUCUUCUGCCAAAAGUGCUGCAGCAAGUGCCUGUGCGUGCCGCCGGGCUUCUACGGCAACAAAGCGGUCUGCCCUUGCUACAACAACUGGAAGACCAAGGAAGGUGGCCCAAAGUGCCCUUAGUCCAUCCAUCUUCUUACAUUUACUUAAUUUAUUAUUUGACUCUCUGUCUCGAUCUCUGUGUUUUUGAUGUUUUCUCCUUAAUUUCUGCUAGCUCUUGUUGUUUUUUGCUUUUGGGUCGUAAGUGCUCCACCUUGCUGUGCCAUGGAUUACGCCUUCGAUGUUCUUUGUUCAUUAUUUAAAUGUAAGAUCUGAACUACCGAUGGAUGGGGCAUGAAAUUAAUUCAGAUAUAUAGUGUGUCCACAACCGCCCUUUUAAGAAGUUUGAAUCAUUAAAUAAUCUGACCU